AGUUAUCAGAAUUAUGCUAAAAAUGAGUGAACCAGAAGAAUGUGAGUUAGAAGAUAAACCUAAAUAUAAAACUAUUGAGAUCAAUGAUACUAUUAUACUAGUUAGCGAUCUUUCACCUAAAACCAAUCUGAUAGUACAGGAAUUAAGAAGCAAUAUCGAUGAAUUUAUCUAUAUAAUUGACUAA